AUGGCCUCACUGUCUCAGCACCUGGUCAAGAUGGUAUCUGCCCGCCAUGGCCCCUUUCUCUUCCGUACAUUUUCCGUGUUCCCCAGCUUUCCCUCUCCCUCCACUGAGACUACUUCUUUGCCCGUCGCCUGUUCUCUUCUCUUCUUCGUGCUUCCUUGGUCUGUCAUUUCUGCUCGCCCACCUGUGGGUGCACAUCACCGACCGUCUACACGUGACCUACCAGCCACUUCAUUGUUUCGCGGUCUUGUAGUCUCAUUUCUCAGCCUCCGCACCAUCGCCGUCCCUUCAAUUCCGCCGAUUUCGUCGAUGAAGCGUUCUCGACGCCAGCGGACUAGAAAGCCGGAAAGCGACUCUGGCGAGGAUGACAUUAUUGCGGCUAUUUCUAGCGAUUCAGAACGGGGCGAUGCUACAUAUGAGAAGGAUCUGACGGAGCUGCUAGACGUUUCCAGCCCACGAAAACGUCUCCGACCCGACGACAACCUUGCCUUAGAGCCGGAGGUCUGCGACGACGUUGGAGAGCUCUACGAAGACCCACUAGAUGAGGGCGGGGUUGAUCUCUCUGAAAUCCCCGAGGAUUUCGACAAAGCACCGGGUACUAUUGAACGACGAGAGCGGAUUGAGAGUCGGUGGAAAAGGUACUGUGUUAGCCAAGUGCGAAACAGGCCCAAUGAGCCAAAAUGGCGCGAGGCCGAGGAGGCGCUGCGCCAGGCGUCGAACAAUAAUAUGUAUCGUUUCCUACGCUGGUGUCUCCAGCUUGAGAGGGGUGAGGACGGUCGACAUAUAAAAGGCAUCAACAAAGCUAGCACAUUCGAGACCGAUUGGAAAAACCUUCGCUGUUACUAUCAAAAGCUCACCAAGAUUGUGAUCAAUGAUGAAGAUGGCUCAGAGAUACGAAGGGGUAUGAAGUACUUGGUCCAGGAGUUUGGCUUGGACACGCAGCCUGGGAAGAAGACGCCGGUUUAUAUCGAGGAUAUCGCCCCGUUUAAUGAAACGAUCUUAUCGACACAGGAAAAAACGUUCCAUCUGGGUUUCCAACGUAUCCAAGUGUGUCUGUUCAACUCCCUCGGUCUCUUUACCGUGCACCGGAGAAACGCCCUGCUGGGUCUGCAGUUCAAGGACCUGCAGAUCUCCCUCCAGAAGGAUCCCCGUGGAGGCCCACCCGUCCCUAUGAUCGAACUUACUCCCGAAGGGACUAAAAAGUUUCUCGGUCUCACCAAAUUAACUACUUUCGCCCUUCCCGAGAUCGUUUACGGGCCGUCUUUGGUGAUAUGCCCGCACACAUUGCUUUUUGGCAUCCUGUUUCACGCGCGGGCGUUCCGGAAUCAGGGGCUGACUUCGAAGGCUCAGCUGCGGAAACUUUUCAUCAGCAAAGGCUGUGAGCAGCUCCUGGUCCCUUUAGAUCCGAAAAAGUCUGAAUGGUAUAUCUUUUGCAAAACGGAGUUGGUCAAGGGCAUUCCAACCAUUCAACGGACUAUACAGAUGCCCAAAUCUACGAUGUCCACCUUGCUGGUCACAUUUGGCGAGAUUCGCGGGUGGAAAGGUGCAUUUCACGCCCAUCAGUUCCGGUAUGGAAGUGGUAAAGUUAUCAACGAAAGCGGGUGGGUGAGCAAGGAGCAACAUAUGUUGAUCAUGAAGCAUGCUAGCCCCCGCACCUUUCUCAACCACUAUCAUCCCUUGCAACUCGACACCGACAUGAUCCGAGUUAUCUGUGGCCUCGACCCGGAUGUGGAACUGAUGCGAGCCGUCACCCGGCAAAGCCGCUGGCGAGACACGCGACGCCCACGCUACUUGACUCCUCAACAGAAAAAACACAUAUCUUAGCGCGAAUCUUAUUUUUGAAAUUGCUCCACAACC